AUGCCCGCCUCCGCCUCCGCCUCUUCUACCACCGCCACCGCCACCGCCACCGCCACAGUCACCGCCCCAAAUUCCGAUCUUCUCACCCGCCUCAGCUCUCCCGACUCCCAAGUCCAGCUCAAGGCUCUCCGCGAGCUCAAAAACCGCAUCAUCGGCAAUCGCACCAAAAAGCUCGCCUUCGUCAAGCUCGGUCUCGUCCCUGCCGUCGCCGCCAUCCUCGCCUCUACGGCGCAGGCCCAUACCCGCCCCGAUCACGAUUCCAAUCUCCUUGUUCAGUCCGCCGCUGCCCUCGGAAGCUUCGCCUGCGGCUUCGAUGCCGGCGUGCGUGCCGUUUUGGAUGCCGGCGCAUGCCCUAACCUGCUCUUGCUUUUGUCUCAUCCUGAUGACAAGGUUGUGGACGCCGGUGCACGUUCUUUAAGAAUGAUUUAUCAGUCGAACCUAGCUCCAAAGUGUGAUUUCCUUCAAGAUAAAAACAUGGAAUUUCUUCUUUCAUUAUUGAAUAGUGAAAAUGAAAAUGUUAAUGGACUUGGUGCAAGUAUAAUUAUACAUUCGUGUGAGACUAUGGCAGAAAAGAAGGCACUAUGUCAAGCUGGUGUUCUGAAAAAGCUUGUUAGCCUUCUCGAAGGUUCUCCUAGUCAGAGAGAUAAUAGUUUAGAAUCUCUAGCAACAAUUAUGAAGAACAAUGAUGAAGCUGUUUCUGAGUUUGCGGACUGCGAAAGUGGAAGAGCUUUGAGUUCUGUUAUAGAAUUAACAAAGGAUCGAAAUCCCCGCACAAGAUUUUUGGCUUCGACAUGCUUGAUUACGAUAAGGAACACUUCUUCUUGCUAUUUGCAAGAUAUAGGCAUCAAAACCAAGCUGGUUCAUCUCUUACUUGAACUUCAUGAUGAUCCCGGUCAAGUUGGGGACGAAGCUCCCUUUGCAUUUUCUAGUUUAAUUUCUCAAAAAGUUGACCUACAGAAACUGGCACUUGAGGCAAAUGCUAUUGAUAAACUGUACAACCACUUGCAAAAGAAUCAUUUACAUCCGAAACGUUUUGAAGGACUAUUACUGGCACUAGCUGAUUUAUGCUCAAAGUUGGAGAGCUGUAGGUCUAGAUUCCUGUCGUUGCAGGCAUUGAACCUGGUAUCUGAAGCCCUGAUUCAUGAUAGUUCUGAUGUACGCACUGCAGCUUGCAUUUGCUUAAGAUGUGUUUCUCGCUCUAUCAAGAAUCUGUGUGCAGGUAAUUUUAUGAACGAAAUGAUUGUCCCUCCCUUGGUUCGGCUGUUAGAUGACCCUUCUACUUCCGUCCAGGUGGCAGCUCUUAGUGCUGUUGGAAACAUAGUUGUUGAUUUUACUACGCAUAGGUCAUUAUUUCUACAGUGUGGAGGCGUGAAGCAGCUUGUUCAGUUAUCAAGAUCAAUGGAUUCAACUUUGAGAUUAAAUGCUUUAUGGGCUUUAAGGAAUUUGAUGUGCCUUGCAGACUACAUGUGUAAACAAGAAAUAUUCAUGGAGCUCACAGCGUCCUCAUUAGCAAGUCUUAUAUCUGACCCUGAGCCUUUUGUCCAAGAGCAAGCUCUAGCACUCGUCCGCAAUCUUGUUGAUGGAUGUAUGAAGUCAGUUGAGCUUGCAUUUGCCGAAGAUGGUAUAAUAUUAGAUGCUGUUGGAAGGCAGUUGCAGGGUGCAUCAAGAGAUGAAAUUCGUAUACAGGGGUUGUAUGUGCUUAGCAAUGUUGCAAGUGGAAUUGAAGUUCAUAAGGAAGCUGUUAUGCAUCAACUAGUACCAGAAGUAGACAAUGGGGCCCAAUCUCUUAUUCUGAAAUUUUUGCAGAGUAAUGAAAGUCAGUUACGUAUAGCUGCAGUCUGGACCAUUGUUAAUCUUACUUUUCCAUCGAGUCCUGAUGCAUUUAGUCGUUUUAUAAAACUACACAAUGCUGGCAUUGUUUCUCAAGUGAAGAGCAUGAUCAAUGAUCCUUGCCUAGAUGUUAAGCUUCGGGUAAGAUCAGCACUUGGGCAAUUUACGACCUUCAGUGAUGGCUCAUGUUUACCCUUGAACUAGUGGCAAGAAAAGGAUUUUACUGAUGCAGUUGUCCUAGUUUUGAUGCUAUGGUGCAACACAUUGCUCUUAUAUUUUUUCCCAGUUAGAGCAGUGUGGAAGCUUUCUAAUUUUGUGGGUGCUCGUAAUCAGGUACUACUGGGCUCAAAUCCUAUGUUUGUCAAAUACUGUUUCAUCAGUAGUUGUAAACAUGCUGUAUAAAGGUGCAAUCUUUUGGUUCCAAAUGCAUAAAGAGACCAAUAUCUGGC